AGAAUCGAGUUAUGGAGCUGCAACUGCCGGAGUGCCCAGUCUGCCUCCAAACCUACGACACCGAUCAAGCAAUCCCUCGCGUACUCGCCUGCGGACACACGGCUUGCGAGGUAUGCAUAACCCACCUCCCACAACGAUUCUUGGACACCAUUCGCUGCCCGGCAUGUACACAACUCGUCAAGUUCUCUCACCUCCAAGGCCCAUCGGCUCUACCCAAGAACAUCGACCUUCUCAGGCUCUGUCUUAGCGAGGACUCUGAUUAUCAGAAACCCCAGAAGCGACCCAUCACCAGUCACUAUGAAUUUCUACCUCGCUUGUGGUCUGACCAGUUUUAUUCCGUUUGGAAGGACUGGGUUCUUCCGAACGACGCCGUUUUGGUUGAACCCAGAGGUGGGAAGGAUUUUUGUGAUGUGAUUCAUGGAAGAAUUGCUCCUUCUUCUUCUUCUUCUUCUUCUUCUUCUUCGCCGUCGGUUAUUCGGUGGUGGAUGAAAGAGAAUCAAAAUGUGAGUCUUGUUAGAAUUGCUUCUUUAUCGUUUGUGAAUGAUUCUGUGAUUAGUUUUAGUUAUAUGGCGCGAAUCAUGAACUGUUUGAAUGGAAUGAAGGUGGAGAAAAGAUAUGAAUUGGGUUUGAUUUUGAGACAGCGCAAAACCUGUGGAGUUUAUGGACUGUGGUAUGAUUUGGAUGAUCAGUGGAUGUAUCUUGUAUGUGAGCGGUGGGAAGGUGGCCUUGUGGAAAAAAUUAGUGAACUGAAAAAUGGGGUUGUUGGUGGGAAUGACAAUGGUUUGCUGAAUUCAGCUAUAGAAGAUGGGAUAUUCUGUUUUGCAAUGAUGGGUAUGGAGAUAUGCAAAGCAAUUAUUGGCUUACAUUCAGAAGGACUAGUUAGUGGUUGUUUAGCACCAUCAUGCUUUAAUUUUGAUGGUCUUGGCCAUGUUUUUGUUGAUUUGAAUGAGAUGUUGGUGACGGGAAGGAAGAUUCAUAGGAGCCUUGUGGAGAGUGUUUCAGGUAGGAGGAGAAUUGAUGAUAAGGAAAUGGGAAUAAUAUCAACUAAUCUAAUAAAAAGAGAGGCAUUUCUGAGCCCAGAAGUGUUCAUUGAGUUAUUGCAGAAAGAGGGCAUUGAACUAGAAUGCGACAGUUUAAGUUAUUCAGUUGGAUAUAGCUCUGAUGUUUGGUCAUUAGCUUGUAUGUUGCUCAGGCUUUUUAUUGGAAACCCAUUCACUGAACUCCCUAUAAGAAGUGCAAAAAGGCAUUCUGAUUAUUUAGAAGUGUACAUGGAUUGUAGGGAGGAAGUCAGUUCUUUGUUGGAAACUAAACUGGGCACAAAUUUUGUAGCACUGCAAAAGAUUCUCUGUGAAUGUUUGAAUUUGGAUCCAAAAAGUCGUCCACUUGUAGCUGAUGUGUGGAAAUGCAUUAGGGAAUUGGUUAUAAAACCUCAAUUUGAUAUUAUGGUCAGUCGAGAGGGAACAGUUAAUGAGGGCAACAAUGUGCACUGCUUGGUUCUUGGAGAAUUGUGUCAGUUGCCCAAGGAAACUAAUAAAGGAUCAAAAGCAGUGAAGACAGAUGAAAGCGGCAGAGAAAAUGUUGAUCAAGCUGGGGAAUUGCAAGAUGAUAAAGAUUUCAUUGAGGGUCUCUCUGGAUCUACCGUCAAAUCUAUAAAUCUGCAAGGCCAUCUUGAUUGUAUUACAGGAUUAGCUGUUGGAGGGGGGUUCCUGUUUAGCUCCUCCUUCGAUAAAACAAUCCAUGUUUGGUCUUUGCAGGACUUUACCCUUGUACAUCAAUUUAGAGGUCAUGAGCAUAGAGUCAUGGCUGUAGUUUUUGUGGAUGAAGAACAACCUUUGUGCAUUAGUGGUGAUAUCGGAGGUGGCAUUUUUGUCUGGGGAAUUAGCAUCCCUCUGGGGCAAGAACCAUUAAAGAAAUGGUUUGAGCAAAAGGAUUGGCGCUAUAGUGGUAUUCAUGCCUUGGCAAUUUCCGGAACUGGAUAUCUCUAUACUGGCAGUGGAGAUAAGUCAAUAAAAGCAUGGUCAUUGCAGGAUUGCACCCUAUCAUGCACUAUGAAUGGUCAUAAAUCAGUCGUGUCUGCACUAGCAGUUUCUGAUGGUGUUCUUUACAGUGGGAGUUGGGAUGGAACCAUCAGGCUGUGGUCUCUUAAUGAUCAUAGUCCUUUGACAGUAUUGGGGGAAGACACACCUGGAAAUGUGAUCUCAGUUUUGUCUCUAAAAGCUGACCACCAUAUGCUUCUUGCAGCUCAUGAGGACGGAUGCUUAAAGAUCUGGAGGAAUGAUGUGUUUAUGAAAUCCAUACAAGCCCAUAAUGGUGCUGUUUUUGCUGUUGCCAUGGAAGGGAAAUGGUUGUUCACAGGAGGUUGGGACAAGAGUAUCAAUGUACAGGAGAUAUCAGGAGAUGAUCUUCAAAUAGAAGCAUUGCCAGUUGGAUCUAUUGCUUCCGACUCCGCCGUAACUGCACUGUUAUACUGGCAAGGAAAGCUUUUUGUUGGCUGUGCUGAUAGAAUUAUCAAGGAAAAUUUGGGUCGUCUGAGGAAGAAUUGGAGUGACCUUACAAGCCUAAACUACUGGGUGGUUAGGGACUACUACCGUCUCGUAAACUCGGUUAACGCCCUCGAACCGCAGAUUCAGAAACUCUCUGAUGAACAGUUGGCUGCAAAAACUGUGGACUUCCGUGUCCGGCUGAGACAAGGAGAGACGCUUGCGGAUAUUCAAGCUGAGGCAUUUGCAGUUGUCCGGGAGGCUGCGAGGAGGAAGCUUGGAAUGCGCCAUUUUGAUGUCCAGAUCAUUGGUGGAGCUGUGCUUCAUGAUGGGUCCAUUGCUGAGAUGAAAACGGGGGAAGGAAAAACCUUGGUUUCCACAUUAGCAGCCUAUCUCAAUGCCCUCACUGGUGAGGGUGUUCAUGUGGUAACUGUCAAUGAUUAUCUGGCCCAACGUGAUGCUGAGUGGAUGGGUCGUGUUCAUCGUUUCCUAGGUCUUUCAGUGGGUCUUAUUCAGAGGGGGAUGACAUCAGAAGAGAGAAGAUCCAACUAUGGAUGUGAUAUAACAUAUACCAAUAAUUCAGAACUGGGUUUUGAUUAUUUACGAGAUAAUCUUGCUGGAACUAGUGGGCAACUAGUGAUGAGAUGGCCAAAGCCAUUUCAUUUUGCCAUAGUUGAUGAAGUUGAUUCAGUUCUUAUUGAUGAAGGAAGAAAUCCUUUGUUAAUAAGUGGUGAGGCUAGUAAAGAUGCUGCACGAUAUCCUGUUGCUGCCAAAAUAGCUGAGCUGCUUAUUCGAGGACUUCAUUAUAAUGUGGAGCUUAAGGAUAAUUCAGUGGAGUUGACUGAGGAAGGAAUUGCACUUGCUGAGAUGGCUCUUGAAACUAAUGACCUGUGGGAUGAAAAUGAUCCUUGGGCUAGGUUUGUGAUGAAUGCUUUGAAGGCCAAAGAGUUCUAUCGGCGGAAUGUUCAAUACAUUGUUAGGAAUGGGAAGGCUCUUAUUAUCAAUGAGUUGACUGGGAGAGUUGAAGAAAAGAGAAGAUGGUCUGAGGGGAUUCACCAGGCUGUAGAGGCUAAAGAAGGUCUGAAGAUUCAGGCUGAUUCGGUUGUGGUGGCACAAAUCACAUAUCAAUCUCUGUUUAAGCUCUAUCCGAAGCUGUCAGGGAUGACAGGGACUGCGAAAACUGAAGAGAAAGAGUUCUUAAAAAUGUUCCAGAUGCCUGUUAUUGAAGUGCCCCCAAAUCUGCCAAAUAUUCGUAAAGAUUUACCCAUCCAAGCUUUUGCGACUGCUCGUGGAAAGUGGGAAAAUGUUCGUGAAGAAGUUGAAUACAUGUUCAGACAGGGUCGUCCUGUUUUAGUUGGCACCACUAGUGUUGAGAAUUCAGAAUAUUUGUCCGAUCUGCUGAAGGAACGAAAAAUCCCCCACAAUGUCCUCAAUGCACGACCUAAGUAUGCUGCAAGGGAGGCUGAAAUUGUUGCUCAAGCAGGGCGGAAAUUUGCUAUCACCAUUUCUACAAAUAUGGCUGGCAGAGGCACUGACAUAAUCCUAGGAGGAAAUCCAAAAAUGCUUGCAAAAGAAGUUAUAGAAGACAGCUUACUUUCAUUCUUGACUCAAGAAGCUCCCAAUGUUGAAGUUGAUGGCGAGCCAACUUCUCAAAAGGUAUUGUCAAAGAUAAAGAUUGGUUCUGCUUCACUUGCUUUGCUAGCUAAGACAGCCCUAAUGGCUAAAUAUGUGAGCAAAGGUGAGGGUAAGACCUGGACAUAUCAAAAGGCAAAAUCUAUGAUCUCAGAAUCUGUGGAAAUGAGUCAGUCCAUAGAUUGGAAAGAGCUAGAGAAGCUUGCUAAUGAACAGUCUGAGAUGUACCCUCUUGGCCCUACUAUAGCACUAGCUUAUCUAUCAGUUUUGAAGGAUUGUGAAGCACACUGCUUGAGUGAAGGAUCUGAAGUGAAAAGGCUUGGGGGGCUUCAUGUGAUUGGCACAUCCUUGCAUGAAUCUCGAAGGAUUGAUAACCAGCUUCGUGGUAGAGCAGGCAGACAAGGGGAUCCUGGAUCAACACGGUUUAUGGUGAGCUUGCAGGAUGAGAUGUUUCAGAAAUUUAAUUUUGAUACUGAGUGGGCUGUAAGACUUAUAUCAAAGAUUACAAAUGAUGAAGAUAUACCAAUUGAAGGUGAUGCAAUUGUAAAACAGCUCUUGGCCCUUCAAAUCAAUGCGGAGAAGUACUUCUUUGGCAUAAGAAAGAGCUUGGUUGAGUUCGAUGAAGUAUUAGAGGUGCAAAGAAAGCAUGUCUAUGACCUUAGGCAACUGAUUUUAACAGGUGACAUCGAAAGUUGUUCCCAACAUGUAUUCCAGUACAUGCAAGCAGUGGUAGAUGAAAUUGUCUUUGGAAAUGUUAAUGCACUGAAGCAUCCGAGUAAGUGGAAUUUGGGUAAGCUGCUAAAGGAAUUUAUUGGAAUUUCAGGGAGACUAUUGGAUGACUCAUUUGUAGGGAUUUCUGAAGAAACUUUACUGAAGGCCCUUGCACAGCUUCAUGAAUUGAGUUCUGUAGAUAUUAACAACUUUUACCUUCCAAACUUGCCAACACCUCCAAAUGCCUUCAGAGGAAUCCGCAGGAAGACCUCUUCAUUGAAACGUUGGCUUGCCAUAUGCUCUGAUGAUUCAGCUAGGGAUGGAAGGUAUCGAGCAACUGCUAAUCUUCUUCGCAAGUACCUUGGAGAUUUUCUAAUUGCUUCAUAUUUAGAUGCUGUACAAGAAUCUGGUUAUGAUGAUGCAUAUGUCAAGGAGAUAGAGAGGGCAGUACUCGUGAAGACUUUAGAUUGUUUCUGGAGGGAUCAUCUUAUAAACAUGAACAGGCUCAGCUCAGCGGUAAAUGUGAGGAGUUUCGGCCACAGAAAUCCACUCGAAGAAUACAAGAUUGAUGGAUGUCGGUUUUUCAUAUCAAUGCUCAGUGCAACACGGCGGCUAACUGUAGAAUCACUCUUGCGGUACUGGUCAUCCCCGAUGGAGUCACAAGAGCUGUUUGUGUCAUAGGUGCAGAAUAGUUCUCUUGAAGAAUGAUUAUGGGAGUUCUAAAUAAUAUUCAUCCCCCAGAAGUAUUGACUUAGGACUAUUGGAUUGGAAACGAUGUUGUUACUUUAAGGAAACGUGGUGUGCAUGAUGAUGGACCUAGUCUAUCCAUUUAAUAACAUUCCAAGAAGAUUGGGGGUUCAGCAUAUUGAUCAACCUCCUGGAGCUGCAUUCUCAAGCCUGGAUUGGAUGACCUUGCUAGUUAACAGAAACAAGUUUUUGCGUUUUGGUGAUGCUAAUCUAUCAAGAAAUGAGGUGUACCACCAACUCAACACAUUUUAUUCAAAAUUGAGCCAACCGAUCGAUCACAUUUUCUGAUGUGGAAACUGUUGCAUUGUGAUCAUAUUUUAUUCCACAAAAGGCAUCACAGAUCAAUCUAUAAAGGUGCAAAUGUUUGAGCCAAGUAUAUUUAUGGUUUUUCUAUUUCACUUUGUAUGGAUUCUUUCCUACUCAAUGAUUUGAAAUUUUGAAACUCUUACGUAUCAAA